CUCUCUCACACUUGCCUGGCAUCCAGCUCCUCUACACCAAGGUUUCCUUUCUGAAAUCCUCAGGUUGAUUCACCCAUUAUUUUGAGGAGGGUUUUCGUUUAAACAUGACUCUGGAAGAGGGGUGGACCUGACCAAAUGCUCAUUAGUGCUUUCUCACCUCUAGUGAAUAACCUAAACAUGCAGCAAAAAUAACUAUCGAUUUAGAUAGGGAAUCCUGAAACUCAGAAGAUGACCUCUGUCGGUUUUGCGGACCCCGGUUUGAGAGCCAUCUCUCUAUAUCCUGCACCUCCACCCCUUCCCCCGUUUUCUCCACCCCUCUCCUCCUCCUUCCUCUUGGUGUUAUCCCACCGCUCCACCGGUGCGCUCAAAAGCCAGAGCGCAGACGGAGUGGAGCGCAUGCAAAAGAGCUGACACAGGACAGCGAGAGAAACACCAGAGAAAGCUCUUUGCAGCGACAUGUGGAUGCAAUAAAACGUUAUCUUGCCAGCGCAGCAUCAGUGUCCGACCAGCGGUAAAAGUAGGAGAGGAGCAGAAGAAAACGGAGCGCCUGUUCGUCACCCCGCUUCAGCACCGCAGGGAGGAGACACGCAGAGGAAAGAUUCCCCUAAACGCAGUGAGAGCGUCGGAUGAGGAGAAGAGGAGAGCGGAGGGCAUCGGAUAGGCUUCGACAAGGAUGGCAGCUCCAGACUUAUUGGACCCUAAAUCUGCCACUCACAAUACCAAGCCCCGCCUCUCCUUCUCCACAAAGCCAAUCACACUGACUCCCCGGGAGGAGAGUGAGGUGGUUGCCACAGUGAUGAAAUGGAAGACGGUGACAGCCAUCUUUCUUUUGGUUGUUCUGUACCUGGUGAUGGGAGCGGCAGUCUUCAGAGCCCUGGAGCAGCCUCAUGAGAGUGCUCAGCGUUUGGCCAUCCUGUCCCAGAAGCUGACGUUCCUGUCCAGACACUCCUGUGUCAACCAGAGCCAGCUGGAGGAGCUGGUUAAGCAAGUUGUGUCUGCGAUCCGCUCUGGAGUGAACCCUGCAGGGACAAUGAGCAACCACAGCAGCCUGUGGGACCUCAGCUCCUCCUUCUUCUUUGCUGGGACUGUCAUCACAACCAUCGGUUUUGGGAACAUUUCACCCCACACAGAAGGUGGGAGGAUCUUCUGCAUUGUCUAUGCGUUGCUAGGGAUACCUCUGUUCGGCUUUCUCUUGGCUGGUGUAGGAGAUCAGCUCGGCACCAUAUUUGGCAAGGGCAUUGCCAGAGUGGAGAAAAUGUUCGUGCACUGGGACAUCAGUCAGACAAAGAUCCGCGUCAUCUCCACCCUCCUGUUUGUAUUGUUCGGCUGCCUGCUAUUUGUGGCGCUCCCAGCGGCCAUCUUUAAACACAUCGAGGGUUGGUCUGCGCUGGAGUCCCUUUACUUUGUGGUCAUCACCCUGACUACCAUAGGAUUUGGAGACUUUGUGGCAGGUGGUUCUGAAAUAGAGUACUUAGAUUACUAUAAACCUGUUGUAUGGUUUUGGAUUCUGGUGGGACUAGCCUACUUUGCUGCCAUCCUCAGCAUGAUAGGAGACUGGCUCAGAGUCAUCUCCAAGAGGACGAAAGAAGAGGUAGGAGAGAUCCGAGCUCAUGCUGCAGAGUGGACGGCUAACGUCUCAGCAGAGUUCAAAGAAACACGGCGACGUGUCAGUGUUGAGAUCUACGAUAAAUUCCAGCGUGCUGCGUCAAUUAAACGCAAACUGUCCUCAGAGCUGGGAUUUAGCCCCGGCCCCGAGCUCGCUCUGCCGAAGAGGACCACGUCUGUAAAUUUCAUCGAUGACAGGAACGAGAGGGAAGCCGGGGUGCAGACCCCGACGACACCUCUAGCAAGAAAUGGAGGUUUGUUCAUGAACGGGCUGGACCCAGAGAGGGGAGAAAUCUCAGUCAUUGAACACCUCAAGUAGAAAGAGGACAGUCAACAUCUUUCGAGAUCUUUUCAAGAUCUUUCCAUGUGUCAUCGUUGGUGGCAUCAGUGCUUGGAGCAGAGUUGCAUGACCAAAUGAACUGUUCUUACUCACAAUUCAAUUAAUAGAGAAAGUGGUACUUUGUGACAUAUUCACCACUCUAAGGGGUUGUGAGGCUUGUUCAAGGACACUUUUCUCACCUCCUUCAUUCCACCAGUGACACAAAGAGCAAGAAGAAGAUACAGAACAUGAGUUGAUCUUGUUGAAAUCAACAGUUAACCCUUAAUAAAAAAAAAAUUUACAAAAACAACAGUACAAAAGUCAGAGGAAUGACCAUGAUGCCUGUCUGUGUUUGCAGCACUCCAAUAUUUAUUUUUUCUUUACCACACAGAAUUAUACAUUACAUUAUUGUUUUUUUAGCACUUUGGUUUAGAGGGAGCCAUGAAACACUUUGACAGAGAGACAGAGAUGUAUUACAUGCAACAAAGGUUGAACCGUUGACGAUUAUAUGGUGUGUGGCUCUUCCCCUCUGCAGUCUUUUUAAGAAGGACGUUACCGUUUGCCUUUUGAAUGCAGAACGACACUAACAAUCCCAGUAGGCUUUUAACUGAAACAUUACGCAUAUGGUGGGAUGUGACGAUGUCAGAACUAACUAAAAAUGACGGAAGAUGCUAUCUGAACUGCAAAGAUGAUGGGCUCUUGAUUUUGUGCUAAAUCUGCAGAAUGUAAAGAUCAUGAGAUUGAGAGAUGGUGAGAUAUGAUAUUGUUUGAACUACAGAUGAGACCGAGCCGUGUGCCCUAUUGAACUACAACAAUGGAGGAUUGGUUGAGCUCAUAUUAGGACCUUAUUUAUCAGAUUUCCCACCUGGGAAACGUUGAUAACUCACAAGAGUGUACUACACCAAAACUAAACACAAACUAACAGUUUGAAGUCUUUCUAUCUGUAAUUUCCACCAUUAUAACCAGCUGAAUCAGCAGCAAUGUAUUUUGGAAUAGUAGCUUAGGUGAAAAAAGGUUUCUGGGUAGGAUACUGAAUUUGUUGUCUAUUGCCAAUUACAGUUGGGUUUGUAACAAUUAUAAUAAUUACCACAAACCACUGAAAUUGCUUUCAUUUGCUUUUGGCAUAUUUUAUCUCCAAACCUUAUACAACGUGUACUGUAGGUAACUGUUCACAUUUACACAUUCAGUUUAAAUAGUUACUGUUGUUACCAACAAGGAUAAGCCAUUACUUUUUACAGUUGUUUUUAUGAUUUUUUUCUAUCAGUGAUUUCAAAGAAUAACUUCCUUCCCACCAUUCAAACAUGGUUUUGAGUGACCAAAGAGUUAUGUCUCUAUCUUACCCUUAAACUGGAGGGUGUGUAGCUUCCAAUAAUUAAAAACUGUUUGACCACUGUGGCAGCCAUGUUGGCCCUAUAGUCCUGCUGUCUGGGGCGUCUUUCAGUCGUCUUUAGCUGUCUUUAUAAUGUUGUCACCACAACAUUUUGGUUUUGAUAGAAGGCAUCAUUAGAUUAAAUUUGCAAAGCGGAAGAAGGUGGAAGCAGAUCAAAGUGGUCAAAGUGUCUCUUCUGAUUCUGGAUGUAGUUUUUAAAAUACACGUCAGCACUGAAUGGCUCUCAUGUAUUUUGAAUGUGAUUUGUCAAACCAAUGUAGUGCCUUAAACUCUUCACUUUGCCAAAACAAGCCAAGACACUGGGAGGUGGACAACUGAUUUGUUAUUUUUGAAGUGUUCAUACUUACUUACUUUUUUGUUAUCAGCAACCAUUUAGUUUACUUCAACUGAGAAAAAUGAGGUGUUUGAAAAACCAAAUGCUGUUGGUCUAUAAUCAGUCCAACAAAGCUAAAUCAGUUGUUCACACUCAUGAUAGUGUACAGACCUGGAUCCACAUGUGGCCAUAUUCAUUCAAUUUUGUUUUUUAUAAUAAUAUAAUUUGCAUGGCUCAGUGGAUUAAGUGAGUGGACUGUUGCAGGCUUGACUGUUUUAUCUGUUUUAGCAGCUGUAAGCAGAAAACUGUUGUAAGACGCAACCACUGAAAUGUUUAUUUAUACUGACUGAUAUAUUAUGUAUCAGAGUAACAUUUAGGCUUUUUUUGUAAAAUUUGGUGUAUGCUUCAGUUUACUCUCUGCUGACUGACACAAAGCUGCUAUUAUUCAGAGUGACCUGCAUUUCUGAGCGGUGCUACCAAAUGUGUGAAAACAUUUCUUGCAAGGAAAUGUUUCUGAUCUCUAUAAUGUCAUUUUCAGCUGUCCAGCCUCUGGUGUCCUGGAGAAUAUUGUAUCUCUAAUUUAACAAAUUUACUGUGGACACGUAUGACCCGAAGGACAAGAGUGUGAGAAAACAUCACAAAUCAUUUGUGUUGGUCAUGAAAAUUUUAAUGUUACAGUUCAAGAGUAAAUUAAUGCUCUGCUUUUGUUACGCACACACAGACACACACAGACACAAACACACAACGAGGGUUUUCUUCCAUGUGUACACCUGCCGUUGAAAAUGCACUUUGAUUUAACAGCCUUUGAACGUAACAACAUGGUGUUCUAUAGUCCAUCCAAUCAGAAGGCUUUGAUUUUGUUGUUAUGUGGCAUUAACGACAACUACACAGUUCAUCUCACAAACUUUUCUCAUUAACAAUCCAAGCAAGAGAAUUUAACCCUUGUGGUGCAGCUAGUUUUAUAUGGUACCACUGAUAUAUUAAGAACAGCAGUUAAAAAUCCUGAUGAAUCAGAAAACUUGCUGUAAGAAUUCAGUUCAGUUACAAUUAUUUUUUUAUUUUUUUUCAGUCCUUAUUGACUUGUAUCUGUGAGAAAGGAUUAUUUAAAUCCUAUUUGAAGGCCUAACAAAUCUUUAAGAAGCCUACUGGACAUCCUAAUUGUACUGGUAGAAAGGUGAAAUAUACUGUAGAUAUUUAGACUUUUACUACAGCAGCAGUAUGGAUCAGUACUAACACUGAAUGGAAACGUAUUACACUGUGUAGUUGCUGGUUGGUCUGCCUUUGCCUUCUCUCUUGCUAUUCAGUUUGUUAGGACUUUGUUACACACUCAUCUUAUUUAGCUGUGCUAAAAUGAAACUAACUUUUUUUCAUUUUCUGCUAAUGUGCUAGAUCUUUAAUGUUUUUAUGACAAGAUCUUGGAAACUGUAUUUCUCUAACUGUGUGUUUGUACUUAUACAGUGUUUCUACACUGAUGUGAGUCUGGGAGAAUUGUAAUGUAUGUAGAGCUUAUCUAAACACAAUGUAACAAACAUUUUUGUACAGUGUAUGACUUGAAAAUAUAACAGAUUUAAAUUCUUUCUCUGUUUACUGUGUUAUUAAGAGUGAUCAAUCUUUGCUGUUAGAGUUCUAAAUAACCAGAAGAAGAAUACGCAUCAUAUUUGUACAUUAAGUGCUGCCGUCCUCACAGAAAUUCCCGAACAACAAAAUAUGUUUAAACUCAGUAGUUGUUAAAUCAUAUUUCAGUAGUCAUAUAAAACUGUAUUCUACUUAAA